GCGGGGGCGUGUGGUGGGGGGAAUCUCUGCCCUCUGACACCUCUAGCGGGUGGGAAGCGUCCCUGGCAUGGAUCCCAGAGCCAGCGGGCAAAGCCCCUGGUGCCACCUCCUACCGAGAAAGGACCACCUUAAGGAUCCGGUUCGACAGACUCCCCUGCUCUCCCUUUGCCUUGCCAGGAGGCAGUUUUCAUUCUAGCCAGGGACCGCUAUUGAAAUCCGGCCAGAUUUUCUACUGACCUUCUGUUCCUGCCUUUUUUUUGUGUGUGUGUGUGUGUGUGUGGUGCUUUAAGACAGAUUAUAUUUCCCCCCAGCCCCGUGUCCGAUGGGGGGGCCGAGGCGACCCGGCCAAGCACGACCCACUGGGGAGGAAUUCUCUCUCCCCUUUCACCCGACGGAAAUGUUCUUCGCCCCGGCUGAGCCGUACCCACAACAAUAAAUAAUUGUAUUUCAAAAAAAAAAAAAAAAAAAGCCCAUCGGAGGAAGAUUCCAAUAUCCGUCCGUCCCUCCCGGAGACAGGAUUCCUUCGCCCGCUUGUUCUCCUGGUGACCAGCGGCUGUUGGAGAAGUUGAAGAAGAAGCCAGGGUGGGGAGGUUAAAGAGGGUGUUCUCCCUCCUCCGGUGGGCAUCAAUUUUGGGCAAGUCCCCCAGGAUGUACCCACAAGGACGGCACCCUGCUCCGCUUCAGUCUGGGCAGCCCUUCAAGUUCUCGAUUUUGGAAAUCUGCGACCGGAUUAAGGAAGAAUUCCAGUUCCUGCAGGCUCAGUAUCACAGUCUGAAGCUGGAAUGUGAGAAGCUGGCGAGCGAGAAGACUGAGAUGCAGAGACAUUAUGUCAUGUACUACGAAAUGUCCUAUGGGCUGAACAUUGAAAUGCACAAGCAGGCGGAGAUAGUGAAGAGGCUGAGUGCCAUCUGUGCCCAGAUCAUACCAUUCCUGACGCAGGAGCACCAGCAGCAGGUGCUGCAAGCCGUGGAGCGGGCCAAGCAGGUGACCAUGGGGGAACUGAACAGCAUCAUUGGGCAGCAGCAGCUCCAGCACCUCUCCCACCACGCGCCUCCCAUCCCGCUCACCCCGCACCCUUCGGGCAUGCAGCCUUCCAGCCUGGUCAGCACCUCAGGACUCCUGGCCCUGUCGGGGGCACUGGUGGCCCAGUCUCAGCUUGCCGCAAAGGAGGACAGGGCGGCUCAGGAUGCUGAGAAUAACAGAGUAGAGCGCACACCAAGCCGGAGCAUUUCUGCCUCCCCUCCGGAGAGCCUGCAGGGCGAGGAGCGGCCGGGCGGCACAGGGCUGAAGCGGAAACGGGAGGAGAAGGACCUACCGGGACAUUAUGACAGCGACGGGGACAAGAGUGAUUAUAACCUAGUAGUGGAUGAGGACCCGCCCUCUGAGCCCAGCAGCCCUGCCCAUGCACCCAGCACGAAGCUCCCGCCCGCCCGCAGGGACAUGCCCGAAAGCCCAGCCUCCCUGGCCUCCAGCCGGAGCACAACGCCCCUCAAAGGGAAGGACCAGAGCCUGAACGAUGUCUCAGCCAACACUCCCACCUCCAAGUCCUCCAGCUCCUCUCCUCCACGGGACUCCUUAACGCCCGGCCCCGGGCCAAGCUCGGCCUCCCAUCUCCGGCAACUCUCCUCCAAGCCACCUGCCACGGACACCAUCACUCUGCGCAGCCCCCUGAGCGUGCCCAGCACCUACGCGUCUUCAUUCGGGAUGGUGCCCCACGCCACCAUCAACGGCGAGCUCGCUGCCCCCAGCACCUACGUGAGCAUCCACCUCUCUCCGCAAGUCAGCGGGACGGUGAUGUACGGACGGUCCCCUCUGGUGGCUUUUGAGUCUCACCCUCACCUGAGGGCUUCCACCGUCUCCUCCUCUCUGCCGGCCAUCCCCGGUGGGAAACCCGCCUACUCCUUCCACGUGAGCGCCGACGGGCAGAUGCAGCCGGUCCCCUUCCCUCCCGACGCCCUCAUCGGCACCGGCAUCCCCCGGCACGCCCGCCAGCUCCACACCCUGACCCACGGCGAGGUGGUCUGCGCCGUCACCAUCAGCAACUCCACCCAGCACGUCUACACGGGGGGCAAGGGCUGCGUGAAGGUGUGGGACGUGGGGCAGCCUGGGACCAAGACGCCCGUGGCGCAGCUGGACUGCCUGAACCGCGACAACUACAUCCGCUCCUGCAAGCUCCUCCCGGACGGGCGCAGCCUCAUCGUGGGCGGGGAGGCCAGCACCUUGUCCAUCUGGGACCUGGCCGCGCCCACCCCCCGCAUCAAGGCGGAGCUGACCUCCUCGGCGCCCGCCUGCUACGCCCUGGCCAUCAGCCCCGACGCCAAGGUCUGCUUCUCCUGCUGCAGCGACGGCAACAUCGUGGUGUGGGACCUGCAGAACCAGACGAUGGUCAGGCAGUUCCAGGGCCACACGGACGGCGCCAGCUGCAUCGAUAUCUCCAACUACGGCACCAAGCUGUGGACGGGGGGGCUGGAUAACACGGUGCGGUGCUGGGACCUGCGGGAGGGGCGUCAGCUGCAGCAGCACGAUUUCAGCUCCCAGAUCUUCUCGCUGGGUUACUGUCCCUCGGGGGAGUGGCUGGCCGUCGGCAUGGAGAGCAGCAACGUGGAGAUCCUGCACGUGGCCAAGCCGGAGAAAUACCAGCUCCACCUCCACGAGAGCUGCGUCCUCUCCCUCAAAUUCGCCUCCUGCGGUAGGAGUGUGGGCAAGUGCAGAGGCGGGCUCGGGCCGGCCGAAUGGUUGCAUGGCCUAGUGGGCAGAGCAGUGGCGGGGACUCGGGAAAAGCACCGCACCGUGUUAUCCAGCCCCCCCGUCCACAGCUUGGUGCCAUCGUUGGAGAUAUCGAUGCAGCUGGCGCCGUCCGUGUGGCCCUGGAACUGCCUGGAGGGGAGAGCGCGGCCGUCAGGCACCUUCUGCAGAUUCGGGUCCUGUGGCCAGGGGGCAGGCAGCACCUCCCCACUCCAGCGCUAG